ACUUUUUAUUUUUUGAAAAAAUUAACAGCAAAAAAAAAUGAAUAUCACAAAAAGUUAUGUGGUGAUUUUUUUUCUAGUGAUGUUAACAAAUUCAUUGUCCAACUCCGACAUUUUGGUUUCAUCAGUGAUUGAGACAUCAAAAUAUGAUGUGUGCUUUAUACCAUGUACAAGAAGGUAUGAAGAUCGGGAAUGUAAUGAUGACUGUUUGGCCAAGGAUUUCAAUGAUGGAGGAUGUGUUGAUGGACGAUGUUGUUGCAAAUACUGAUAGAAAGCGAUCAUCAUUCUAGUAAACUCGCGAUUUGAGUUGUUGAAUUAUGUUUUUCUAGUAUCAGAUUUAUGUAUGUUCUUCAAUAAAAUAAAAUUAACUAUUAUACUA